AUGCUCACUCCCCGGAGAGCCAUCGCGGUGGCCGCAUUUCUCCUAGUUGUCUUCUACCUAAUAUCCUCCUCCCACGACACGUCACCCGCUGUCGUGAAACCAGUCGUCGCUGCCUCCAACCAUGAUACGGCAGGCUCCAAAAAAUUAUCAAGUACUCCUGCCUCGACCGACGAGAUCAAGCCCUCGGCGCCCAAAGCCGCCGCGCAGAAGCCCAUGAUGGACAUGUCCAAGAUGUCACUGUACGACAAGCUGGCGUAUCAAUACCCCUACGACCCCGAGACACGCUUCCCGGCCUACAUUUGGCAGACAUGGAAGUGGACACCCGCCGACGAGGAGUUUAACUUUCGCGAACAGGAGGCUAGCUGGUCCGAGCAGCACCCUGGCUUCGUUCACGAGGUCAUCACCGACAAGGUCGCGGUCAACCUGCUCCGCCUCUUUUACGCGUCCGUUCCCGAGGUCCUCAAUGCCUACGACGCCCUCCCUCUACCCGUCCUCAAGGCCGACUUCUUCCGGUACCUGAUCCUGCUCGCGCGCGGCGGCAUCUACUCCGACAUUGAUACCUACGCCAUCCGCUCCGCUCUCGAAUGGAUUCCCGAGCGCAUUCCGCGAGAGAGCGUUGGUCUUGUCACUGGCAUUGAGGCGGACCCUGAUCGCCCCGACUGGAAGGAUUGGUACAGUCGCCGCAUCCAGUUUUGCCAGUGGACUAUCCAGUCCAAGCCCGGCCACCCUAUCCUGCGCGAGAUCGUGGUCCGCAUCACCGAGGAGACUCUGAAGCGGAAGAAGGCUGGCAAAUUGAACAACAUUAUUGAUAAGAACGUGGUCGAGCUCACCGGCCCUGCCGUCUGGACGGAUACGAUUUUCGACUACUUCAACGACCCACGAUACUUUGACAUGAAGAACUCCAAGGGCCCCAUAGAUUGGAAGAACUUUACGGGUAUGGAGACGUCCAAGAAAGUGGGGGACGUUGUGGUGCUUCCUAUCACCAGCUUCAGCCCUGGAGUCCAACAAAUGGGCGCCAAAGAUUACGACGAUCCUAUGGCCUUUGUCAAACACGACUUUGAGGGUACCUGGAAGCCCGAAGAGCUCCGUCAUAUUGGCGAGCAGACCGAGGAGUCAUAG